AUAAUUUCUUAAUUCCACUGCAAAAAAUUAUAUUACACCAAUGGGAAAGAGAUCGACAGCUAUGAGAGUGUAAACACUAUCAACUUUUGGCGAAUAUUUAUAGAGUUCAUAUCUAAGAAGCUGUCCAGCAUGGAGGUGGAAACAGAUGUGUUAGCUGCAGUUUCAUCUACUGUAGAUAUACAGUCAAAUGAAUUGACAGAGUUUUCAUCUUCUGGAGAUUUGAAACCAGAUCUAUCGACCAUAUUUUCAUCUUCUGCUGGCAUCAAUACAGAAUUAUUGUCAUUUUAUAAUUCUCAGAAUAUAAAACCUGACAUGACAUUUAAAACCACUCAAGAUGUUAAACCUGAUGUUACACCAGAUUUUUCUUCUUCUGCUGGCAUCAAAACAGAAUUAUUGACAUUGAUUAAUUUCCAGGAUAUAAAACCUAACAUGUCAUUUAAAACUUCUCAAGAUGUUAAACCUGAUUUUAAUUCAGAAUUUUCUUCUUCUAAUGACAUAAAACCAGAAUUAUCAUUUUUUAAUGUUCAGGAUGUAAAACCUAACAUGUCAUUUAAUACUUCUCAAGAUGUUAAACCUGAAAUUACAUUUUCAAUUGGAAAAAGUAAUAAGAAACCAGCUGCAUCAGCAGUAUUUUCACCAUCUGAAAAUUUAAAGCCAGAAUUAUCAUCUUCUGAAAAUUUAAAACAAGAUUUCACAACAGAAUUUUUAUUUUUUGAGGAUAAACAAGAAAAUGGACUUGAAGAAAAUCUACAAUUGUCUGGGGACAACGGAAAUAAAAUUAUUUAUUAUAAUCCAACAUUUUCUCAAAGUUCUGAAAGUAAUAUGCAUAACAAUGUUCAUUCUGAAGAUAAGCCAUAUAAGUGUGAGGUUUGUCUUAAAAGGUUUUCUCAAAGUUCUAACUUAAAUCAACAUAAAAAUAUUCAUACAGGAGAAAAGCCAUAUAAUUGUGAUGUUUGUCAUAAAAGGUUUUCUCAUAGUUCUGGUUUAAGUAAACACAAAUAUGUUCAUUCUGGAGUUAAGCCGUAUGAAUGUGAUGUUUGUCAUAAAAGGUUUUCUCAAAGUUCUAACUUAAAUCAACAUAUUAUGAUUCAUAUAGGAAAAAGGCCACAUAAAUGUGAUGUUUGUCAUAAAAGAUUUUCUACAAAUUCUUAUUUAGAAAAAUAUAAAAAAGUGCAUUCAGGAGAUAAGCCACAUGAAUGUGAUGUUUGUCAUAAAAGGUUUUCAGAAAGUUCUGAUUUAAGAAAAGAUAAAAAGAUUCAUUUAGGAGAUAAACCACAUGAAUGUGAUGUUUGUCUGAAAAGAUUUUCAUAUAGUUAUCAUUUAAGAGAACAUAAAAAAGUUCAUUCUGGAGAUAAGCCAUAUGAAUGUGAUGUUUGUCAUAAAAAGUUUAGUCAGAAGAUAAAUUUAUCAUAUCACAAAAAUGUUCAUUCUGGAGAUAAGCCAUAUGAAUGUGAUGUUUGUCAUAAGAAGUUUUCUCAAAGGUCUAACUUAAGUACACAUAAAAAGAAGCAUUCAGGAGAAAAGGCAUAUAAUUGUGAUGUUUGUCAUAAAAGGUUUUCAGAAAGUUCUGAUUUAAGAAAACAUAAAAAGAUUCAUUUAGGAGAUAAACCACAUGAAUGUGAUGUUUGUCUGAAAAGAUUUUCAUCUAGUUAUCAUUUAAGAGAACAUAAAAAAGUUCAUUCUGGAGAUAAGCCAUAUGAAUGUGAUGUUUGUCAUAAAAAGUUUAGUCAGAAGAUAAAUUUAUCAUAUCACAAAAAUGUUCAUUCUGGAGAUAAGCCAUAUGAAUGUGAUGUUUGUCAUAAGAAGUUUUCUCAAAGGUCUAACUUAAGUACACAUAAAAAGAAGCAUUCAGGAGAAAAGGUAUAUAAUUGUGAUGUUUGUCAUAAAAGGUUUUCUCAAAGUUCUGGUUUCAGUAAACACAAAUAUGUUCAUUCUGGAGAUAAGCCAUAUGAAUGUGAUGUUUGUCAUAGAAGAUUUUUUUGUAGUUCUAACUUAAAAAAAUAUAAAAAAGAUUCAUUCAGGAGAAAGACAACAGAAUGUGGUGUUUGUCAUAAAAUCUUUGUGGAGAAGAAAGAUCUAUUACGACAUAAAAUUAUUCAUUCUGCAGAUAAACCACAUGAAUGUGAUGUUUGUCAUAAAAGGUUUUCUAGAAAUUCUGAUUUAAAAAAACAUAAAAAAUUUCAUUCUGCAGAUAAACCACAUGAAUGUGAUGUUUGUCAUAAAAGGUUUUCUAGAAAUUCUGAUUUAAAAAAACAUAAAAAUGUUCAUUCUGGAGAUAAGCCGUAUGAAUGUGAUGUUUGUCAUAAAAGGUUUACUCGAAAAUCUAACUUAGGUAAACAUAAAAAGAUUCAUUCAGGAGAACAGGUGUAUAAUUGUGAUGUUUGACCUAAAAUCUUUGCAAAUAAGAAUAAUCUAUUACAGCAUUAAAAAGUUCAUUCAUUAAAAAGGUCACAUGAAUGUUAUGUUUGUCAUAAAACAUUUGUGGAUAUGAAGUAUCUCUUUCGACAUAAAAUUGUUCAUUCUGGAGAUAAGCCAUAUGAAUGUGAUGUUUGUCUGAAAAGAUUUUCAAAUAGUUCACAUUUAAGAACACAUAAAAAGGUUCAUUCAGGAGAUUAACCUCAUGAAUGUGAUGUUUAAUAAAAUGUUUUCUCAAUAUUCUAAUUUAAGAACACAAAAAAAUAUUCAUUCAGAUGAAACGCCACAUAUGAAUGUGAUGUUUGUCCUAUAAAGUUUGCUUGUAAGUGUGAUUUAUUAAGACAAUUUUGUUCAUUUGGGAAAAAAUCCAAAUGAAUUUGAUGUUAACCCUAAAUGAUUUACUCAGAAUAGUUUAACUACACAUAAAAAACUAUUUUUGGCCGUACAUGGUUUUUUCAACGUUCUCAAUUAAGUGAACAUGAAAAAGUUCAUUUAUGAGACCAGCUAUAUGAAAGUGGUAUAUGUCAUUAAAGGUUUUCUAGAAGUUGUAGUCUAAAUGAUGUUUUACACAAACGAUUUUCUCAAAUUUAAAUACUCAAAAAAUUCUUUCUAUAUGUAAGACAGAAAUGUGAUGUUGGUAAGGAAAUAUAUUCUUAUAAUUUUACUUUAUAUAGCCAAAGAAAUUCAUCAUGACUUAAAACCAAUUUAAAAUCAUUUUUUAACAUAAACAAUUAAUAUCUAUUGCAAAUUAUUAUUACAUUUCUUAUAAUUUUUCUCUGCACAUAACUUCCAAUAGUGAGCCAUAGUUAAUAAAUAUUUGUAUUAUAAAAAGGUUCUUUUGUCAAAGAGUAUACCUCGUCAAUUAUUAUAAAUACUCUAAAAAGAAAUUGUAUUCUGACUGUAAAAGGAAAUAGCAUCCUAUUGUCAGCUGCAUGUGUACAUGAGCUGCAAUUGUUACAUUUUGGUAUCUUAGUUUCAAUGUAAUGUAAUUUUGGCUAGUUAUUAUAUAAUUUUUUAUUCCUUAUUAUUAAAAAAAUAGCCUUGUAAUCUAAAUUCUAAAGCAGUGAAUUAUUUUUAAUUGGCUAAUUUCUUGGUUAAACAGUGAUUUAUUGUGGUUUUGAGAAUUGAUUUAGUAUUUUAGGAUUAGUGGUAGUAGAAGGGAUUAGUAUUUUACUCGAGGCUUUAGAUAUCUUUAGUAGUAGUCAGUAGUAUUUAAACAUAUGUAUAUAUUGAUGUAUAUAUAUUUUUCCAUGCAUUUUCUUAUGUUUCUUCCAGUGUAGUUGUUUGUGCAACUUGGCUUGAUUUGUAUGGAUUGUUUUAUUUGAUGUUUGGUGCGGAUAUUAGAUGGCGUUUCGGUGGCAGUACUGGUAAGGAUGGUUGCCUGUGUGUUCAGAGCCUAGACUCCGAGGUACUGAAUGUUGUGUUUUGUUAGUUUAGUGAUUGUUUAGUGUUGCAUUAGGAUGUUUUGAAUUUGACUUAAUGUUUGUUUUUUUUUUGUUCCAUUUUAUUUCAUGCAAUAAAUUCUGUAAAUU